AUGGACAUCCUCUCACCCCGGCAUCUCCUGUUCCUUGUCGCAGGUGGGAGUUUGGGGUUCGCGGCGCAUCUCGGCGUCUUCAUCCGCGGGGAGUGGCACGUCCAGGCGCCGCAGCUCUUCAUCGGCCACGCCUGUGUCAUCCUCUGUGUGCCCCUGUGCUGGUCGUUCUUGCCGGACUCCGACAGCGCGGGACUAGGCCCCCUGGUGGACGGGCUCAUGUGGGCGAGCCUUGCCUAUCUGACGGGUCUUUUUGCCAGUAUCUUCAUCUACCGUGUCUCGGGCUUCCACCGCCUCACUGUUGCGGGCUUUCCCGGCCCCUUUGGCGCGCGGGUCAGCAAGCUGUGGCAUGUCUGGGCGUGUCGAUACUCCAAGAACCACGAGUUGCUGGACCGGUUGCACCAAGAGUACGGCGACUUUGUGAGAACUGGUCCCAGCGAGAUCACCGUCUACCGUCCCGAGGUUUUCAUGGCCAUUGACGGGCCUCAUACGGAAUGCACGAAAUCGGAAUGGUAUGAUGUUCUGCACCCUAACGUGGCUCUCAGUACCACUCGUGACAAGGCAACCCACGCGGUUCGACGCCGGCAGUGGAACCGAGGGUUUUCCAGCAAAGCACUCCAGCUGCACGAGGCCAAAAUCCUGCGGCACGUCGACCAGCUCGAUCGGUGCAUUGAGAAUGACGCAGACGAGGGCCGGCCCUCGGACGCCAAGAACCUCAUGUACUGGUUCGGUUUCGAUGCCAUGGGCGACUUCGUCUUCAACCAUCCCUUUGGAAUGCUUCAGGCCAAGACCUGGCACCACAUCAUGAUGCGGUCGUAUCGCGCGGUCGAGCUGCUAGGACCAUUUGGCCCGGCUCCUUGGCUCGUCCACAUAGGCUUCCAGCUCCUCCCCCGCCUGAGCAAGUUGCGUGACUGGCACGAAAUGACCUCAUGGUGCCGCCAGACCAUGGAGCAGCGGCUCAAGGACGUGGCUCUUCAAAAGGAGCUGGACAUGACCCAUUACCUCAUGAUGCCUGAGAACUCAGAACAGUGCGGCACCGCCGAUGUUGACGAGGAGGCUCGUUUGGCUGCCAUAGAGCAUAACCGCUUCUGGCUUCACGGCGACAGCCUCCUGAUCAUAGUUGCGGGAAGCGGACCCAUUGCCACUGCCUUGACCUUCCUGCUCGGCGAGCUGGCCCAGAAUCCAAAGCAGAUCGACAAGCUAUAUGAAGAGCUCCGGGGCGUGGACCCGAGCGACUUCGAGGCUCUGUACAGGUUGCCUCAUCUAGACGCCUGCCUCACCGAGACCCUGCGGCUGUGGCCCGGGCUCCUUACGGGUGGCGCGCGCAAGACUGGCAGGAACGGUCUCUGGAUCGCGGGCCGCUUCAUACCCCCUGAGACGACCAUCGUGGCGCCGCAGUACGUUAUCUCGAGACGAGAAGACUGCUUCGUCCGCGCCCGCGAAUUCAUACCCGAGAGGUGGACAUCCUCGCCGGAGCUGGUCCUCAACGCGGGUGCCUCGGCGCCCUUUGGCACCGGCGGCGGGAGCUGCGUGGGCCGCAUCCUGGCCACCAACAUCAUUAAGUGCACGGCGGCGCGUCUGGUCCGCAAGUACAGCUUCACCCUCGCGCCGGGGGACCACGGCCACGGCGUGGGCAGCGAGGUGCGUGACACUUUCAUGCCGCGGCCUGGUGACCUUAGCAUGUGCUUUAGACUGCGGUAA